AUGGUUGAGAACAAUCCCGAUGGGGGCCAGUCAGAGGAUGUAUUCUUGUUAGAGGAUAAGCUAUCGAAAAUCAGAAAUCAAAUCAAUUCCAAACUUGACAACCAAAAGCAUUUGGCGAUAAUUCUAUCAGCAGUGGAGGAGAAUAUUGACGAACAAAAGAAUGAAAAGACACCAGUGGCAUACUUUGUCUCCUUUUUAUCAUUACUCGACCAGUGUAUUCAAAAUGACCAAAUAUUAGACAAGGAUUUGGCAGCCACCACUGCUUAUUUUCUUGACCUUGUAUUUCCGUUUACACCACAACCAUUGUUGAAGCAAAAAUUUAACGAGAUCUUAUUAAAGUUGUCACAACCUUUGAACGUGGAGGCUGAUGCCCCGCUUGUGAGAUCAACUAUUGGGGCCAUUGAAACAUUGCUUUUAGCCCAGGAUAAUGCCCGUUGGUUAACAAAGAGUGCUAUUUCUCCAAAUAGGGCGUUUGUCGCAUUGAUUGAGUUGUCAUUUGAUCCUAGACCCAAGGUGAGAAGAAGGGCACACGAGGCAGUAAAGAACAUUUUGACACAUCCGCCCACCAGUCCUAGCCCAGUCCAUGUUGCCGCUGUUGCUGCCUCGGAUGCGGCAUUGAGACAACUAACAAGAUUAUUAUCGGAGUAUAAGCAACAAAGAAAGAACAAUGCCAAUAAGGAGCUAAAUUCACAAAUUAUUCAUUGCUUACAACUUAUUACAAUCAUAACUUCAGCUAAUUCAUGGCCAGUAAAGAACAUUGAAAGUUUGUGCGACUCACUUUUGGAAAUCUCAAAAACUUCGGACCAGUUCUUGGUUGCUGCUGCCUUUGAGGCGUUUGAAGGGCUAUUCAAAUCCAUGACCAAUGUGAUUGAUAUUGAGAAAUUUACGAAGGUGUUAAACGUAAUCUUUGAUCUCAAGCCUAGUAUCAACGAUGCUCAUUUGAGUACCUCAUGGAUGACUGUUGUGGCAAAAGCUUUGGAAUGUUUUAGUAUUUUAUCACCAUUUGAUUGUAUAAAAACGUUGCCCCAAGUGUUGACUUCUGUUAGUGAAUUUUUGGCUUCUGACUCAAAGGACAUUUACUCAAGCGCAGCACAUUGUUUAACAGCUAUUAUAUCCCACACUGUACCGGAAAAGUUCCUUUUGCAACCAAACAAAGAGCACGGCAUCACUCCAGAAAUUUACGAAUCUGUUGAUGAGACAAUCACUUUUAUUGCCGAACUUAUUGAAAAAGAAUUACUCACGAUAAAGUAUCAACACGCGACAGGUGAAAUUUUAAAAUUUGUCACAGUCACUAUUGAAAAACUCCAUUCAAGGACGAACCCCGACUUUUUAAACGUUUUGGACAUUGUUGGUAAUUGGAGAACGAAUGAGACCGAUAACUUUCCCCAUAAUAAGGAGGCUGAAGACUGUGUUGCUGCAUGUGUUUCAUCCAUGGGCCCAGAGGCUGUUUUAAGUGUGUUGCCAUUGAACUUGACCAACAAUGGACAUGGUCCCGGUAGAUCUUGGUUAUUGCCCAUUCUCAGAGACAAUGUUCGUUUUGCCGAAUUGGAGUUUUUCAAGAGUCAGAUUUUGCCAAUUAUCGAUUUCUUUGAAUCAAAAAUUGGGGCCUCGGGUAAUAAAGAAUCGAUGAAUGUAAAGAUUUUCCAAACAAUUAUUGAUCAAGUUUGGUCUUUGUUGCCUCGUUUUUGCGAUUUACCAAGGGAUCUUAGAACAGCAUUUGAUGAGAGUUUUGCUACAAGGUUGUCUGAUUUGAUGUUUGCCAACGUCGAAUUGAGAACGCCUGUUUGUCAUGCUUGGAGACUACUCGUUCAAUCCAACGUAGGUUACCGCGAUGGGGAACUAGACGAAGAUUUGUUGUUGCAACAAGAACUUCCUAGAGAGGAGGCCGGCAAGAAUAUCGAAUAUUUGAGCUCUAUUGCGUCAAACAUAUUGACUGUUUUAUUUAACGUAUUUACUUACACCAUGCCCGAAUCAAGGGGUUUCGUUUUGGAAACUAUUGAAGCGUAUUUGCAAGUAAUACCACCUCAAGAGUUGGCAACAACAUUUGACAAAGUGUGUGCCAUGUUGAAAAAUGCGUUGGAUGAAGAGUCGCGAAAUGCAAGAUCUGAUGAUUCAAGACCAGAUACUAAUGUUACUAUGAUGGAUUUGAUUGUUGCCAUGGCUAAAUAUGUACCUGAGGCGUCACACAAUGCACUUUUUUCCAUAUUUGUUACCACUGUGUCAUUAGAAUCAAAGCCGUUGCUUCAGAAAAGAUCUUAUAGGAUAAUAUCGAAAUUGUGCGAAUCCGAGGGAGGUAAGUUGUCGAUUGGAAAGUACAUUGGGGAAGUUGAAAAUAAAAUAAUUGAAACAACUGAAGUCACCAGUCAAGCAGCAAGGCCAGCAAGAUUGAAUGCGAUUUUAUUGGUGUUAGAAAUACUUCCUUCUGCUGAUUUAUACUUUAUUCCAUCCACUUUGCAAGAAAUCAUCAUUGCCACCAAGGAUGUCAACGAAAGAUCAAGAGGUCUUUCUUACCAAAUAUUGAUCAAGAUGGGACAUAAAAUGAACCAAGGAGGUCUAAUUGACAACUCCAGAGUUCCUGGAUUUGAUGCAAAUGCUCCACCUACUGAAGCCUCAUUGACGGAGUUCUUUACUAUGGUAAGUGCAGGUUUAGCAGCACAAAGUGCUCAUAUGAUUUCUGCAACAAUCACAGCUAUAGCGUGCUUGGUGUUCGAGUUCAAAGAUAAAUUGUCUACAGAGACUCUUUUUGAGAUUUCUUCAACUGUUGAGUUAUUCUUGACGCAUAAUUCUAGAGAAAUUGCUAAAUCAGCCAUUGGUUUUGUCAAGGUUGAAGUUUUGUCAUUGCCUGAGGAGAUGGUGAGAAGCAAUUUGAGUGGACUUUUAGGUAAAUUGAUGAAGUGGUCACAUGAACAUAAAGGGCAUUUCAAGAGUAAAGUUAAGCACAUAAUUGAAAGAUUGAUUAGAAAGUUUGGAGUUGAAGAAGUUGAAAAUGCUAUACCAGAAGAAGACAAAAAAUUGGUUGCCAAUAUUAAAAAGACAAGAAACAGAGCCAAGAGAAAACAGGAGAUUAGCCCUGAAUUGCAAGCAGCAGCCAACCCAUCAUCUAGUACCAAGAAAUUUGUGUCUGCAUACGAAGAGGCACUUUAUGACUCUGAUGUAUCAGAUGAAGAAGAGGUUGACAUAUAUGACGAAGAUGCCAACAGGAGCAAAAAGAACAAGAAAUCCAAUCAAUUCAUUUUGGAAACAGGCGAUGAGCCGCUCAACUUGUUGGAUCGUCAAUCGUUGGCACACAUUUCUUCGACCAAGCCUAAGAAACUCACCAAAUCAGAGCUCAAGUCGAAAACCGAUGAGUUCAAAACAAAGAAUGGUAAAUUGGUAUUCAGUGAGGGUGCAGAAACCGACGAUCCAUUUGCUAAUAAAGGCUCCGGUAUAGACGCAUAUUUGGAUGCUGUCAAACAAGCACCAGUUAGAGGACAGAAGAACAAGUUGAAGUUUAAAAAAUCAAAGGGCGACGAUGAAGAAAGUUGGUCAGAUGAUGACGAAGAGGCUGGUAGGAAGCCGGCAACAAAGAAGGCAAAAGUUCUUGGAAAGUCAAAGAUUUCGAAACCGACUAAGCAGAGAUUCAAAGCUCAUAAGAAGCUUUAG